CGGCGGCAGGCGGAAGUGGGCGGUUCAGCUACGCCCGUCGCUGUUGUUUUGUGUUUGGGCCUCUCGAGCGGCGUUCUCGGGAGGGCCGCCGGUGCAGGCCGCAGUGACAGGGCCGCUCGCCCCUGCGCAUCCCGCUUCUGGCCCAGCGCACGUUUGCUCGCGUCUGCAGCGUCUUGCAGGUCCAACAUGGCGCGGGAGGUGUCGGAGUACCUGAGCCAGAACCCGCGGGUGGCCGCCUGGGUGGAGGCGCUGCGCUGCGAGGGCGAGACUGACAAACACUGGCGCCACCGCCGGGAGUUUCUGCUUCGCAACGCAGGGGACCUGGCGCCCGCUGGCGGUGUCGACUCCGCUAACACAGACGAAGCAGCCGACGCCAAGAGCGGGGCCCACAGUCGGCAGUUGCAGCAGCUUAUCUCUUUCUCCAUGGCCUGGGCAAACCAUGUCUUCCUAGGGUGCCGGUACUCUCAAAAAGUUAUGGAUAAAAUUCUUAGUAUGGCUGAAGGCAUCAAAGUGACAGAUGCUCCAAUCCAUACAACAAGAGACGAACUGGUUGCCAAGGUGAAGAAAAGAGGGAUAUCGAGUAGCAAUGAAGGGGUAGAAGAGCCAUCCAAAAAACGAAUUGUAGAAGGAAAAAGCAAUUCUGCAGUUGAACGAGAUCUUGCAAAAAUUUCUGCCAAAACAGAACGAACAUCAGCUCAGCAAGAAAACAGUUCAACGAGUUCAGGGUCAUCCUCGAAAUCAGAGAGUAGUGGUAACUCCACUCGGAGCUCUGGAGGCUCCAUUCACAAUAACUCUACAAGUGAAGGCGAUCGAUCUGUGUCCGGCCAAAGCAGCAGCAGCAGCAGCAGCAGCAACAUUUCCUCUCAGGUAACAGCAGGAUCUGGAAAAGCUUCUGAAUCUGAAGCUCCAGAUAAACAUGGUUCAGCAGCGUUUGUUUCUUCAUUGCUGAAAUCUAGUGUGAAUAGUCACAUAACUCCACCCACUGAUUGCAGACAACAAAGUGGAUCACCUAAAAAGAGUGCUUUGGAAAGCUCAUCAGUCUCAGCUUCUCAGAGCAGCUCAGAGAUUGAGGUGCCCUUGUUGGGCACCUCUGGAAGCUCAGAGGUAGAGUUGCCAUUGUUGUCUUCUAAACCUAGUUCGGAGACAGCUUCAAGUGGGCUAACUUCCAAGUCUAGUUCAGAGGCAGGUGUUCCAUCAUCAGUAUCCAAAAACACUUCCUCAUCAGGCACAUCAUUACUAACUUCCAAGAGCAGCUCAACAAAUACAUCACUGCUAACUUCCAAAAGCACUUCCCAGGUAGCUGCAUCACUGUUAGCUUCCAAGAGCAGCUCCCAGGCCAGUGGAUCUCUGGUUUCCAAAAGCACUUCCUUAGCAAGUGUAUCCCAGCUUGCAUCUAAGAUUAGCUCACAGAGUAGCACCUCACAGUUGCCUUCUAAAAGUACUUCACAGUCGAGUGAGAGUUCAGUCAAAUUCUCUUGUUGCAAGUUAACCAAUGAAGAUGUGAAACAGAAACAACCUUUCUUCAAUAGACUGUAUAAAACGGUGGCAUGGAAGUUGGUAGCUGUUGGUGGCUUUAGUCCCAGUGUGAAUCACGGAGAGCUCCUAAAUGCAGCUGUUGAGGCUCUGAAAGCCACCCUGGAUGUGUUUUUUGUCCCACUAAAAGAACUAGCAGAUCUGCCUCAAAAUAAAAGCUCUCAAGAAAGUAUUGUUUGUGAAUUGAGGUGCAAGUCUGUGUAUUUGGGCACUGGCUGUGGCAAAAGCAAAGAAAAUGCGAAAGCAGUUGCAUCAAGAGAAGCAUUGAAGUUGUUUCUCAAGAAAAAGGUGGUGGUAAAAAUAUGUAAAAGAAAAUACAGAGGCAGUGAGAUAGAAGAUCUAGUACUUCUUGAUGAAGAAUCAAGACCUGUAAACUUGCCUCCAGCAUUGAAACAUCCUCAAGAAUUACUAUAAUAUGCCCAGAAUAAUCAUUGCAUACGAUAUCUAGUAUUUGAAGAAAAAACUGGCUUACUUUUGUAUAAAACACAGGCUUUCACAAAUUUUGUAUUGCUUUUUUCCAGUUUUGCAGAAAAUUUACAUUCUAGUUCUCUUCACAAAAGUAGUUGUAAAUACUUGACAGUACAUAUUGAAAGGUAUGCAUUAACAGCGUACCAGUAUGCUGUUUUAUUUGCUGAAGAAAAUACUGUCUUCUAUUUUUAAUGAUACAUUAGGUACGAUGUGUAGUUCUGUAGAGUCUUGAAAAUUUUUUACUACUUGCAAUUUGGUGAAAAUGUAUUAAGUUGUCUACCAUGCUUUUUUUUCUAGCUGAAUAAACCACAUCAAAAGGGACCACAGUAUUUGAAUGUCUAAAUGUCUGUCAAACUUAAGGUUUUAAGAAUGUUGCCCAUAAUGUUGAAAAUAUCUGUUGAAGAAUAAAAGAAAAAUAGUUGCUUCAGACUAUU